AUGUUUGAGAAGACAAAAUAUUGUGUAAAUUUGGACUUUUCAAAAUUAAAAAUGUACCUUGAGUUUUCUGAAUCGGUGCUUGGUGAAUCUAGGGCACUAGUAUUUGAAGAAAACGAGACCAUCUUCAAGAUGAUGACACGGUUAAGGAGGAGGUCUCUUGAUAAUGACAGUGAAAACGUUUCGGAGCAGAAAACUGUAUCUCAACGUGCACGAGAACUUUUGAGUCGUCAUAGGAAACGCCUCACACUUUCUGGAGGGAGAAGAAGUCGACCGUUGGACACUUUGGAUGAGGUCGAAAAUUGCAGCGAAGUUUCUUGCAAUUCGGUAAGCCCGCCGAAAAAGGCCAAACGUGUGCUUGGUAUAGUAUCUCCAAACUGCGGAAAAGCUGAUGAUUCAAGAGGCUCAACGGAGAAAGUUAUAUUGACCACUCCGAAUUCAGCUAGCAAAAAGUCGCGUGAACUGGCACCGCUUGCAACUUUAUGUGAUGAUUUGGAGGGUUUCAAUGCUUCCCCGUGCAGCUCAUCCAAUGCUGGAAAAAUGUUUAGUACUCCAGCGUCAAAACCGGUUUCACUUGAUCAAUCUUUUAAAACGAGAACAAGGGAAGGGACCCCACUGCGAUCUAUCCCAAGUAGUAUAGGUCGUUCACUGUCAGCUCUUCGGUCAGCUGGUCGUUCUCUUCAUCUUUUGAAGGUUCAGGCAUCUGUAGCUUCUCUAAAUUCUAUACCGCAUAGCGACUUGGGAAACAACAAUGAUUUAUGUAGUCUUGAAAGGACCCCAACGAAAAGUUCAUUGGCUAUAGUGCGUCAGCUAAGUUCUUCGUCAGUAAGCAGAGCUGCAAACGCUUUACUUAAAGGUUUUGUGACUGGUCCACGUUCGAAUAGGUCACGUAUAAGACAUCGUAUAAGCCUUAAAGAAGAGUCUCCACGAGAAAACAGAUGUCGAUUUUCUACGGUUGGAACUGAGGAAGAUCGGCUUCAAAGGCAACAUGAACGGUACAAUGCAUUGAAAUCCGCAAUUCACAUUGUGAAAGAAGAAAUUGUUGAAUUGGCUACUACUGAGGAAGUACUGUACGAUGCUAUAGUAUGUGACAUAACUCCUAGUUGCAAACCAAUUUCUAAAAUAUCGAAGAUCAUAAUGGAAAGGGUUGGAGAAGAGGUCAUCGACGAUAUUGAAACCGAAUUAAUUCUAAAAAAGAAGUUUAUACUGACAGAAAGUGACAUUUUCUUUGUUAUUGAUUACGGGACUCCGGGACAUCUGGAAAAAACAUGGCAGGAUAUGCGCUUUGUUUUUCAUAAUUUCAUUGAGAAAGCUAUCGAACACGGAGGGAUCUCGUCGCUCCUUCUUCCCUACCUUUAUACUGGAGAGCCUCCCCGCGACCAAGAAAAGGUUGCCAAUGCAGCUAUUUCCUCAAUCAAUCAUCUAGCCCAGCAAAUCGGCUUGGGAAAUAUUUCAAAGUUUCACAUCGGUGGAGUUGCAGACAGUUGUGGUUGUUAUGAACAUUAUUUGACCGCUGUGGAAAAGUUACUUUCCAGCAUUGCUCCUCCCGAAGCUGAAAAUAUCUUACCGAUAGAGGGAUCUGGUGAUGUCUUUUAA